CCUUCUUCCUCUUCCUCUUCCUCAUCUUCAUUCUCUUCCUUUAUUACUCUUUGUUGCUCUGUACCAAUAUUAAAUUCCCAUAUUUAUGCGGGAAACAAAAAUGGGUCAUCUUCAUUUUGGUUUUCUUCUCCUGGUAUUUGUCUUCUCUGUUCAUGGAUAUGGCUACGGAGGCUGGAAUAAUGCUCACGCAACUUUCUACGGGGGCAGUGAUGCUUCCGGAACCAUGGGAGGGGCAUGUGGGUAUGGAAAUCUAUACAGUCAAGGAUAUGGGACAAACACAGCAGCAGUGAGCAGUGCUCUGUUCAACAAUGGACUGAGCUGUGGUGCAUGUUAUCAGAUUAGAUGUGUGAAUGAUCCACACUGGUGUCUUCCCGGCACUAUUAUUGUCACUGCCACUAAUUUUUGCCCACCAGGUGGUUGGUGUGACCCUCCCAACCUUCAUUUUGAUCUUUCCCAACCUGUUUUCCAGCACAUUGCUCAGUAUAAAGCCGGCAUUGUUCCUGUCAGUUACAGAAGGGUAAGGUGUAGAAGAGGAGGAGGAAUAAGAUUUACCAUCAAUGGUCAUUCAUACUUCAAUCUGGUGCUGGUUACAAACGUUGGUGGAGCUGGAGAUGUGCAUGCAGUUGCAAUCAAAGGGUCAAGGACUAGAUGGCAAGCCAUGUCGAGAAAUUGGGGCCAAAACUGGCAGAGCAAUUCUUACCCCAACGGUCAAGCCCUUUCCUUCUUAGUCACCACUGGUGAUGGUCACUCUCUCGUCUCUUACAACGUUGCCCCAUCCACUUGGUCCUUUGGCCAGACCUACACUGGACGCCAAUUUCGAUAUUGAAUUGAAUUCACCCUAAGCUCAUUUUAGCCUUCACAGAAAUUAACGACUCUGCAUGUUUGUUUGUCCUUAAAAGUCAUCAUUCCCUGGCUAUGCUGCAGUGGAUUUGUUAUCUUUGGGAGCAAAUUUGUACGUCGAUUAACUUUUUUUUUUUAAGGCUAAGAUUCGACAGGCUGAGAAAUACGUGGAUGGAAGUAUUAGUUUGGUAAAAGAAAUCAGAGUAAUAAGAGAAGUAAAUCAGAUAUUGUUGGAGGGUGUGGUUGUUUCUAGUAUGCCUCCAGAGUGGUUCUAAUAGGGGGGGGGGGGUUUCAUGUGCUCCUAGAUACAGCUUGUGAUAAUGAUUUCAUGUACUAUGACGUACAACUUGUGAUAAUGACAAGUCGUUUAUAAGAAAACCUCUCCAGCGAGCAAGUGGGAUCCUUCUUACUUUGAUUGUAACAAGCUGUUGAGCAUGCUUUAAAUGUUGUUGGGCUUCAAUUAUUUAUGAAUAAGAGACAUCACGAUAAUUAUAAAUA